AUGAAAGAAAACCUGGAGAAUGACCUAAUUGAGGAUAAAAAUGCAUGCGAUGAUGUUAAAAACGACUCCAAAUCAUCACACGUGUAUCUUACUCAACCGAGUGAUGACCUGAAUAUAUACAUGGUCGAUAAAUUCCACCCGCCGAUGGCAAUUUCAAAGCAAGUUCCUCACGAAUCCAUUGAUCUAUCCAAGCCUUCAGCGAAAUGCUUAGGAUUCACCACCUCCGAAUGUUGAUUAUUACACUGGAUUACUACCUUCGUGCAAAGAUAUCACAGCCUAUUGACCGGAAAUGCCACUGGAUACAAGGUAAUUUGGAAAGAGCAAGACAAUAAUCAUUCUGCCACAAAAUGUGAUAAGAUAGUCAUUAAUUUGCUUAAAGAAACAGCCUCUCCUGAUGAGCUAUUAUUGGUAAUAACAUUAUUUAUAACGACGGGCAGAAUCCUUGUACAAGGAAAAGGCCAUGAAGACUGGAGUAAACAUGAGUUUCCGGCUCUCCUGGACAUUGUAAACCAGCUGAGCUUCCUGAAAAGUUUCUCCGAUAUCUCUUCAGUAGAAGACAAAUCAAUCUUUACCGGCUCGGUUCACAACUUCUUUGGAAAUUUUGUUCCUGAUGAUGACAUCCCAUCUUUGAGCCACAGCGUAGACAUUGCAAAUAGAGGAACUUCACCCCCAUUUUUGCGUCUCUUAAAAUUACACCGAAAGAAUUUAGGCACAAUUUCCUCAUUGAGAGACACUCGCACAACUGGAAGUUGACUUUACCCAGGUUAGAAAGAUAUGCUCUGGUGACAUUCAACAGAUGAAGGACAAAAUGACGCGACAAAACAAUGUCUUGAAACUUCAAAAACAAUUAACUGCAGACGUUUCGACUGAGCUGUCUUCCCACUUGACGUCAUUCCGAGGUAUUUUUCACAGCAAACAACUCUAAUAAAAAAAAGGCAAGAGUAAAACCAGUCUCUCCAAAAGUCACAAGCUAAACUCUUAGCAAAAAAUUCAUAGUUACAAGAGCAAAACGCUUAACUAUAAUCAGAAGUCAAUUUCCUCGAAGAGCAAGUCCGUAUGCUGUGGGACCAAUCCACAAAAGCUUCUGA